CGGAGAUUGAGUGCACUGGUUUACACAAGUGUGUAGGCUCACAACAUUUUAUGAAAUAAUGAAAUAUAACCAACUUUUAAAUGAAAGAGCUUUAUACGGUAUUUAGCAGCCUCUUUGGUGCGUAUUUCUUGUUGAUUUACCGCGUAUCGCAAAAAUUCGGUGCUUCGAGAGUUUUCCUUUUCCGCGGUAUCAAUAGUUAACCAAUUAUCAGCAGCGACUUCAUUAAUGAAUACGCAAACACUUAAAAAUUAAAGAACAAAAAAAUGUGAAUGUUUAAGAUACCUUAAGUAAUGACCCUCAUUCAGUGUCUGACGUACUUGGAGUCGUAUUGCAUUAAGUUGGACACAGCGUCUGUAGCAAACGCGGACGACUGACUAGCCGAUAUUGACAACUGACUCGCAGUGUGGAGCUAUCGUUUGCAGUGUUUACUGUUUUGCGAAACAUGAAGACAUGACAUCGGCAGAACUGCAGCAGAAACUUCAAGAAAUAAGGGCUCGUAGGAGACGUAGAGAGCUUUACUUGUCUGCGAAAGAAAGAUUGUUGACAAUGGUUUCAUUUGGCAUGUACAACAAAGAGAAACAAUCUAUUAAAAGUUCAAUUUUGGUCGAUGAACGACAGAUUAAUGUGACUGCUGAUAGACCAGAAUCCCCUUCAGCUGACAGCUUGCAUUCGAGCACAAGUAGCCUGGAUGUGGAAAUAGCAGAGGGUGAAGGGACAGUGUUGCGGUGGUACACUACUGUAAUUCGUAUUAUAUAUAUUCUUUUGUGGUGUACACUGUACGCAGUAGCUGUGCAGAUGGAGUUUGGUGUUAUAUACCUCAUUGUGUCAGCAUUGUGUCUUAUUUGGCUAAACACAAGAGUUGGUCCUAAGAAGAAAGGAGAAAUAAGUGCAUACUCAGUUUUCAAUCCAAACUGUGAGUCAAUAGAUGGUACACUGAAAGCUGAACAGUUUGAAAGAGAAAUCAGAUACGGGGCAGCAAGUGUCCACUGACAUUUCCUACAUCUAUGUGCACAGAAUAUUGUUAGUGCCAGGAUUUGUCACAUAACAAGGUGGUACAGAUAUAUGAAAGAAGCGUCUCACAUUUAACAAAUAAAACUGGCAAAACUCUGCUUGUCAACAAAAUGUA